AACUUUGCGCAGAGAUCCAAGCAGUCAGUGAGAAAAUAGGAGGGUGCACUUUAGAGGUCAGAGGUGAUCUGGAAUGCAUUUGCGUAUCAAUGUUUUUUUUGCUGUCUGAGUGCUAUUACUUUUUUCAAUCUGGCAUAAGGGUUGAUGUCCACUACAAGAAAUGGGGGGAAACUAUCAGAUUUGCAAGGUAAAAAGAGAAUCAGAAGGAGGAAGCUAACUAAAAAACUUGCACUGACACACACCCACUGAGCAGGGCGUGCACACACACGCCAACUCAGGAGAGACGGGAUGUAGCCAAAGGGAAGGUGAGAUGUAUAUAGGAGAGUUCUACAGGUCUUUGUACAGCCACAGGAUCUUUUUUUUACCACACAGACCAAGUGUUCUGUUUCAUUUGUUCACUCGUUUGUCUUUAUUUAUUCUACUCAACUGAUCUACAAAUGGAUUGUUGAACUCGUCAAGUGAAUUGAUUUUCUACUCCCAGUCCUCCAAAUCAAACUACAGCAGAGGAGGACACGGGAGGAGCUUGUCAGCCAAGGAAUCAUGCCGCCACUAAAGAGUCCUGCUGCUUUUCAUGAGCAGAGAAAAAGCCUCGAGAGAGCACGGACUGAGGACUAUUUAAAGAGAAAGAUCAGGAGCAGGCCAGAGAGGUCAGAACUGGUGAGGAUGCACAUACUAGAGGAGACAUCAGUGGAGCCCUCUCUGCAGGCCAAACAACUGAAACUAAAGAGAGCUCGCCUCGCGGAUGACCUCAAUGACAAAAUCUCUCAUCGGCCAGGCCCUAUUGAGCUCAUCCACAAGAACAUCCUGCCAGUGCCUGCACUCUUAGAUUCAGGUUCUCCAAAGGGUGAAAAUUCCUCAAUGGAUGAGGACAGCAGUGAUGGCCUAUCUCCUGAACAGCCAGGCAGUCAGGACUCUCCACUUGGCUCUGUUCCUCAGCACUCCCCCUCUGAUAUGUUGAACAGAAAUCCCUCACCCACACCGUUCCUCACUCAGCCUGCACCGUCACUGCUUAAUGCACCCGAGUCCUCUUCUCCAAAAAACUUGACCAAUGGAACUUCAAUUGUUGCAUGUGCUCGUCCUCCUACAGCAUCUGCCAAAUCCCAGUCAAAGUCUAGUGCUGAUCGUUCUAUUCAGCGGACUAAGAAGCCUAAAGAGAACAAACCUAAGGUGAAGAAGCUCAAAUAUCACCAGUACAUUCCUCCUGAUCAGAAGAAUGACCGUGAGCCCCCACCCCAGCUGGAUUCAUCUUAUGCCAAGAUCCUCCACCAACAGCAACUCUUCCUCCAACUCCAGAUCAUCAGCCAGCAGCAACAGCACUACAACUAUCACACCAUUUUACCUGCUCCACCAAAACUUCCUUCUGAACAGCAGCAGCAGCAGCAACACACAGCCAAUUCUGGCCCUUCCCCAUCUAGAUCAGUUUCCACAUCUGUUGCCACAUCCACUCAAAAUGGAGCUAAUCGUUCAAACCAGCCUGUGGCAGUAGGGGCCAAGCCAGGAGUAUUGCCUGCAAACUUGGAUGAAUUUAAAGUUGCAGAGCUUAAACAGGAGCUGAAACUUAGGGGUUUGACUGUAUCUGGCACUAAGAACGACCUCAUAGAGAGACUGAAGAACUACCAGGAACAGAAUGGUGGUGGAGCAGUAGCAACAGUAGGCUCUGGACCUGUGAAAACAAUUCAAGUUCCACCUCAGGAAGUAGCUCAGCCCUCCACCUCUGUCCCUGGUACACACCAAUAUAAAGACACCACUGGGAAGGUGGCAGCCUAUCAAGUGGCAGUGAGCAGUGGCAUCCAAUCUGUAGCCCUGCCCCAAAUCACACGCUUCAACAGUACGAGCUCUUCCCCUCCUGUGUCUCCUACACCAUCUGAACGCUCAGUGGCUGGAAUGAGUGCUGAUGAGACCAGCUGUAAUGGGGAUGUGUUUGGAGAAAUGGUCAGCUCACCGCUCACUCAGCUAAGUCUGCACCAAUCCUCAGAGCAUCCAUCCCCUAUUAAAGAGGAGCCUCUUGGGCAGUCAACAUGCUGUAUGUUCCAACCCAAUGCUGUCACUUCUUCAGAUUCUCCGCCUCAGGAGCCUCCAAUAGCAGCCGCACUGGCACCGUCAGCACUACUGCUGGACAAAGACCAGAUGCUGCAAGAGAAGGAUAAGCAAAUUCAGCAGCUUACACGCAUGCUAAGGCAGAAACAGCAGCUUGUGGAGACGCUGCGCUCACAGCUUGAACAGGGCAAACGUGGAUCAACCGUUGAGGGAAUGGACAUAACAGUUAAGGCAGAAGGAGUAGCCCUGGCCAACAGAGAGGGUGUGAAGAUUAAAGAGGAAGCAAAGGAGGACAUGGAGAUCUCUGCAGAGCCACAGGCACAACCACAGAGAAAGAUACAAACACAAUGUUCUCAGCAGACACUGCUCAAACUGCAGCAGAUCCAUCGGCUGCAGCAACAGCAGCAAAUACAGCCAGAGCAGUCGAAACAGCAGCAGCCACCGGCACUCCAACAACAGAAGCUGCAGCAGCUCAUUAUUCAGCAGAGCAAGCAAAAACAGCUACAGGCCAAUCAAAAGAAGCAGCAGAGGCCUCAAAAACUGCAGCAGCAGAAACAACAGCAGUCACAGACACAACAGGUAUCCCAAGUGAUUGUCAACCAACAAACUGGCACUCAAGUAACCACAUCGUUCCCACUGGAUCUUCUUAAAGCUCAUCCAGCACCCACUCUUGUCACUGAUGGCAAUGGCAAUCAUUACCUCAUUGCACUUACCAAUAACAGUGUGGAUAACCGGAACAGUGAAUCUCCACAAAGUAAACCCAAUGGACGCAUCACCCUACAGAGAAUGCAAUCAUCCCCUGUCAAGCUCCCCAGCGAAUCAGAUAAAGAGGUUGUUCAUCCUGUAAACAAAUCCCGACAGUCCCCACAAACUGCUUCUGUCAAACAGUCCACUUCAAAAGUACAAAAGGCAGGACUACACUUACAAACUCCAUUUGUUCAGGAGUCAAGUCAGUCAGUGACAGCCCCACCCAGUCUUCAUCCUUUUUUCCACAGUGAAGAGCCCCACCCUCUCAUCGAGCCUAGCUCCCCUCAUUCACUCAAGGGAGAAGUGUGUCCAAGCUUUGACCGACACACUUUAUUUACUCCUCCAUCUCCAAAACCGGAAUCCCAUAACCUUCAUCAUGUCAAAGAGAAUGGUUCCAACAAUCACCAUAUAGACGAUUUGUUUGACAUUCUCAUUAAAAGUGGAGAAAUCUCAGCAGGAUUCAAGGCCAAUCCAGACCCUUCUCUCUCAGAGCUGCACUCCAACCCCCCCUCUCCUCCAGAAUCCCCACUUCAUCUAUCCCCACCCACUCCUCCAGCUGACCCCACCCCUACUGAUCAGCCUUCUGACACACAGCAUCGGUCCUACUCAGGCAGCGGGCGUCUGGAGGACUUCCUGGAGAGCACCACGGGAUCACCACUGCUUGGCGUGGAACCUGGUGGUCCAAUGGCGCUGAUUGACGACCUCUACAACCAAAUGCUGAGCACUUCUAGUAUUCUUGAUCAUCCCCAUUCCCCAAUGGACACCAGUGAGCUGAGAUUCUCCCCUCAUCCUACCAGCCUGGACUUUGAAGACCCUAUGCAUGAUGGCAUGGAUUGGCUGGACUUGUCCAUGGGAGGAGGGAGCAGCACAGGAGGGACAAUCCUAGUUCCUCUGAGUUCACACACUCCUCCCAGUGUUUUCUCAGCAGACUUUUUGGACAGUUCAGACCUGCAGCUCCACUGGGAUUCUUGUUUGUAGCUUUGGUCUUAAACGCUUAGCAGAUAGAUGCAACCUAGCACCUUUGCUCUUAUACAGUGUACAGCCUUUACACACACACACACACACACAAACACACACACACACACACACACGCACUCCAUCAUACCUUCUGUUUUAAAUGCUAAAACCAUUUAAACUGGUGUAUGAUAUUUAAACAUUCACUUGUGUAAUAAGUCUACUAAAGCACUGAGUAUUACCCCUGAUACCCUCAGCCAAACAUAAGCAUGGUACAGUGAACUGUGUUCAUCUUCAUUUUCAAAAGAAUAACUAAUGUAUUAACAUCACCACCCCCCCAAAAAAACAUAAUUAUAUUUAUGGCAAGUAUUUUUCACCUCCAAAUAAAAUGGCUGCACCAGCUGUUUUGAUGGCUAUGUAAUAAGGGGUUUAAACGCACACAGCUGGUUGCUCAUGGUCCUGAAUAAAUAGUAUUCAUAAAUUCUGGCAGUUUUGUAAAUGUCAGGAUUAUUUGGCUUUAUCCAGAAAGGCAGUGUUUAUUUAUGUGGGAUACCGCCCUCAUGCCAUAUCGCUGUUACUCCACCAUAGUUUCCCUGAGAAACAUGGGCACAUGAUGGGAAGAAGGAUUUAGCAGAGAGAUCAUUUUACCUAAUUUCUAAGGCUGGCAUUGGAAUAGUUUCCAAAAUGCCAGUGCUUUCAACUUUUGCACUUAUGCUGUCCUGGUCUCAGGAAGCCUCCAAUCGAACAAACUCUGCUGGGAACUGGGUUUGGUUAUGUACACCUUACUCUAUGCAUUGCUGUAUUUGAGGUACAUGUUAUUAUUGACAAAGGCCUUUCUCUUCUCUGAUUGCAUAUUGAGCUACUGGAUGACAGGUUUGGGAUUCAGAUUUCUGAAUAUUUGAAAAUUGUAAUUUUUUUUACAAAGAAAAAAAAAAAAAAACCAACAGAAAAAUAAAUGAUGAAAACAAAUUU